CAAAAAGAAGAAAACACGUUAAACUUGACGUGGAAUAAAGCAGCUGGUCCAAUCGCUAAGAAAUAAUGAAGAAAGAUUUCUCAUAAUUUAAGCUUAUUAUUUGGAGCAUUACACGUUAUUAUCAAUAUAUAUGAGAUUCAUGAGUAACUACUAAUGAUAUAUUUGAAAAUGUAUAGUGUUUUAUGUUUGGCGGUGCUACCGUUGCUGUGGAGCCAUAAUGCGGAUGCCGCGGCAGUGAUUUCUAUUGAUUUCGGAUCGGAAUGGAUGAAAGUUGGAAUCGUGUCGCCGGGGGUUCCUAUGGAGAUCGUUCUGAAUAAGGAGUCGAAGAGGAAAACUCCGGCGAUCGUCGCAUUCCGAGACGAUGUGAGGACCUUUGGCGAAGACGCCGUUACAGUAGGGGUUCGGUUCCCGAAAAACUCCUACAAGUAUCUCCUUGAUCUUCUAGGGAAACCUUACGAUCAUCCAUUGGUGCAAGCUUACAAGCAGCGGUACCCAUACUAUGAUAUUGUUGCAACAGAAAGAGGCACACCACAAUUCGUACAUGAUGAGAACACCAGGUAUACUCCUGAAGAACUGGUUGCGCAGCUUCUAGCUAAAGCUAAAGAGUUUGCUGAGAUCAACCAUGGUCAACAAAUCAGCGAAUGUGUGAUCACCAUACCUGGAUAUUUCAAUCAGGCGGAGAGAAGGGCAAUGAAGGAAGCUGCGGCUCUCGCGGGUCUCAAUGUUCUCCAGCUGAUCAAUGAUUAUACUGCUAUAGCUAUCAACUAUGGCAUAUUCAGGAGAAAGGAAAUCAACGAAACUGCUUGGCAUGCGCUAUUCUUCGACAUGGGAGCAGCAUCCACAAAGGCGGCGUUGGUUGAAUAUAAGAAUGUUAAGAUAAAGGACAAGGGAUACGUUGAGACCGUGCCUCAGUUGCAAGUUAUUGGUGUUGGGUUUGACAGGACAUUGGGUGGUCAUGAGAUGACAUUACGUCUGCGGGAGCACCUCAUCAAGGCCUGGGAAGAAAAUGGCGGCGGUGACGUGAGGGCCUCCCCUAGAGCUAUGGAGAAACUGCUGAAGGAAUCAGAACGAGUCAAGGUGGUGCUGUCAGCCAACACUGAACACUAUGCCCAAAUCGAAAGUUUGUUGGACGAUAAGGACUUCAAACAUUUGGUAACUCGAGCAGAUCUAGAAGCGUUAUGCUCAGACCUCUGGCCCCGAGUGUCCGGUGUGAUACAGCGCGCGAUCGCCUCAGCCGGCGGGUCCGGUAGCGGAGCCCGAGUGAUCCUCGCCGGGGGCGCUUCCAGAGUCCCAGCGGUACAGGAGGCUCUGCGGAAUGCAGCGGGCACGGAGCCAUCGAAGUCCAUCAAUGCCGAUGAAGCCGCUACAAUGGGUGCUGUUUACAGAGCGGCGUCCCUGGCUUCAGGCUACAAAGUCGCUGCGCUGAAUGUGCGCGACGCGGUCCUCUUUCCCAUACAAGUCGUGUUCUCCAGAAAUGUAGAUGGAACUGACAAACUGAUUAAGAGGACUCUGUUUGGACCCAUGAACCCCUACCCACAAAAGAAGGUCAUCACCUUUAACAAGCACACUGAUGAUUUCAGUUUCACUGUCAACUAUGCAGAACUCGACCAUAUACCAUCUGAAGAACUGAAACGUAUCGGUGCUCUAAAUCUUACACAAGUGGCCCUCAAGGGUGUCAGUGAGGCAUUGAACAAGAACACAGGAGAUAAUGUCGAACAUAAAGGCAUCAAAGCCCAUUUCAACAUGGACGACUCUGGUAUUCUCAAUUUGGUGAACGUAGAAUUCGUAGCAGAGAAAACAGUGACGGAAGACGAAGACAAAGAUAGCACUCUAUCCAAAAUCGGCAGCACCAUCAGCAAACUAUUCGGUUCAGACUCAGAGUUACCAGAAAAAACCGACGAACAGGCUGAAGAAAAACCACAGGAAGCCGAAAAGAAUAAUACUGCUAAAGCCAACGAGACAACACCCGAUAAACAAAAUGCCACCGAACCAGAGAGCAAGCCUAAACCUAAACUCGUGGUGCUCAAAGAACCUAUCGCGCAUGAGGAGAAAAUCUUGAAUCUACAGCCUCUGGACAGUGAACAAUUCAAAAGUUCCAAAGCUAAGAUCACCCAAUUGAAUACUAUCGAUAGAAAACGCGUAGAAAGAGAGACGGCCUUGAAUAAUCUUGAAGCGUUCGUUGUCGAUGCACAGAUGAAAGUUGAUAUGGAUGAGUAUGCCCAGUGUGGAACUCCAGAGGAAAUCGAAGAAAUCAAGAAACUUUGCUCCGAAGUGUCCGAGUGGCUGUACGACGACGGUUACGAUGCGCCAACAGAAAUGUACGAGGAGAAGAUAAAUGCUCUCAAAGAGAAAACGAAUUCAAUCUUCUACAAGCACUGGGAGCAUCGCGAAAGACCCGACGCAAUCGCCGCAAUGCGAUCCAUGUUGAAUAGCUCACAAGAAUUCCUAAAAGUAGCAAAGAACAUGACAAAAGAAUCUAACCCAGAAAAGGAUGUUUUCACGGAAGUUGAAAUUAGUGUUCUAGAAAAAAAGAUUGAAGAAUCAGAAUCUUGGCUUGCACAAUCGAUAAAAGAACAGAAGGCAUUAAAACUUAAUGAAGACAUAAAGUUAACCGUCGACAGUAUUAGGGAAAAGAUGGCGAACUUAGAUCGGGAAGUCAAAUACUUAGUCAACAAAAUGAAAAUUUGGCGGCCCAAAAAGCCCGCCAAGAAAGAGAACGCGACAGAAACUGUCGUCGAGCCAGAGGCUAAAGAAGAGGAUAAGAAAGAACAAGAAGAAAAUGCAGACGCAGAAACAGAAAAAGAAGAAAAAGUAGAAGAAACUACGACGGAAAUACCGAAAUUGGGUGACGAGCACGCCGAACAUUCCGAAUUAUAAUAGUGAGGUGU